AUGAUGGAAUUAUUUGAUACGAUUGAUUUAAAUAUGAAUGAUCAAUAUAAAGUAGCAUAUUUGAAAGUAGGACUUAAGAUUUCACCAAAGAAAGAAGUGAUACGACGAGAUCCAAAAAUUGCAGCACAGUUUUUGGAAAUAGCACAAACAGAAGAAAAAUUAGAUUUAUCAUUAAAUUUACAAAUGGAUCAUCUAUCAUUAUCAAAUAUCGAUUCUCUAUCAGCAAUUAAGUCACCGGUUAAGACCUAUUCUCAACAACAACAACAAAAAUCAUAUCGACCAUCAACAAAUAUUAGAUGUUACAGAUUGGAAGCCAAUGAUGGUACAGCUCUCGCUAGUUUACAUCAUUCAUCUUUAAUUUUUAUUUCAACUUCGAUUAAUAAUAUGAAAAUUUUCGCUAUGAUUGAUAGUGGAGCAACAUCAUCAUUAAUUACAAUAUCCACCAUUAUGAAAUUGAAUUAUCACAAGUAA